ACCGUUGAUAUUUUCUUCCCGAAUUAAUAACGUUAAGAUUCAAGAAAUAGAAAAGUCACCAUAGAUUAUAUAAUUCAUAUGGCACGGAUUGAAACAACUUAUAUGACAUGAUAAGAACAUGGAGACAAAAGGCACCAUCACUCGUUGUCGUAAACAUCUUUUUCUUUGCAAACCAAAUAAAUAUUUGCUUUCGUAUAUCAUUUCGGUUAAAACCAACAAAUUACUGACUAUUAUGUUACUUCUUCGUUUUCCCCUUGUUUAAUUAUUAUAUCAACAAUUCAAUCCUUAACAAAACAAUACAAAAACAUAUCUCUAACUACUCCUUUGCAAAAACCAUACUUUUUAAGCAAACCCUCUUUUUGAAACCCAGCUUUCUCCAAAACCUUCUGUGACGCUUUGUUCUCCACCUCCACCACCGCUUGUAUCCUCACCACCGCCGGAAAAACCUUAAAAGCUUGGUCCACCGCCAUCUUCACCGCCGCCGUGGCUAUCCCCCGCCCCCAAAACUCUUUCGCGACCGCGUAUCCGAGGUUGGCACGGCACCUACCAUCGCCGGUAUCUGGCCUGAGGGAGACGCAACCGAUCGAACGACCGUCGUCGGUCAGAGAGAUGGAACGGCGCCAUGGGUGUGGUAUGGCCUUUUGGAGUAUGUGUUGUUGGGCUUCUUCUACGGUUUUAACGGAGGUCCAACGGAGGUAACGUGUGACGUCAUCGUCACCGGCCCAUUUAAGAACGUCUUCGGCGUCUAAGAGAUUAAACGGCCGGAGGAAGAUCUUUGCUGCUUCCAUGGUUUAUGAAGCGUUGCAAUUCCUUAAUUGUAUUGUAACCAAUUAUUAAAAAAGUCUUAUAUGAUUCAAUAUAUACCAGAAAACUCAAGAGAUAAUUCUAAUAAGCUUAAAAGCCCAUUAAAAAUUUGGGCCUAUCUUGUCAGAUUCACAAACAGCCCAUUAAAUGUUAUUGCCUCUUUGGGGAUUUCACUCUCUCCUCUCUUACUCUCUUCUUCUUCAAGAAUCUGUGUAAGCUUCAUAGCAUAAACCCUAAAGAUCGAAAAUCAAAUUCUCUCUCUCUGAAACUAUGGAUCCAUUAUCGGUGCUAAAGGAUUUCACGACGAGGGGAGACCUGGAUAAAAUCGAGCGGGUCGGGGUUAGUUACCGAUUCGGAUCGGAAUAUUCGUUUGCGUGCGCGACGGAGACGGCGUACAGGUCGAAAGGUGGGACUCUCUACACUCUAGAAGCGUUGGUUCACUAUGUGAAGAACCAGCAUCUGAAACCCGGCGAGUAUAUGCAAUCCACCGUGAAAAACGCUGUUCCGGCGGUAACUUUACCAGAUCGGAAACCUCUCCUCGAUUACCUCACCGGAAGAGUAGCUUCCUCCGAUUCGAUCGACUACCUAUUGCUCCAGCAGCAGAACGCGCAGAGCCAGAAGCAGAACGAAGAGUACCGACCGGAUCAGGACAACUCGGCGUUUGUUUCCAGAGAAAGCGCCAUCGAAGACAUGGAGGUCGAGGAUUUCGGCAAAUCCGGCGACGACGUCGACUACAUUAUGCUGAUCCGGUCCAACGAGCGGCCGUUGAAGAGCAGAGACGCGGUUCUUCAGUGCAAGAACAGGGACUUCUACAGUGUGCUGGUGAAUUCGACGAAGAGGGAAGAGGAGAGACAGAGGAUCGAGUCUCACCAGAGGAAAGACGGGUUGGUUGCGAAGAGUAGGUUGAUGGGUGCUGAGGAGAGAGGCAUUGUAGGGUUUAGCGGAGGCGGAGACGAUUCUGGGUAUGACGCAAACCCUAAAUCUAAGCUUCGGAAGAUAGGAGAAGGCGUGCCGAUCAUCCUCGUCCCGAGUGCGUUUCAAACGCUCAUCACUAUGUACAACGUGAAGGAGUUUCUUGAAGAUGGAGUUUAUAUACCGAAUGAUGUUAAGGCGAAGCAGAUGAAAGGGAUAAAGCCGGAUUGUGUCACGGUGCAGAAGAAGUUUAGUAGAGACAGAGAGAGAGUUGUGACUGCUUAUGAGGUUAGGGACAAGCCAUCUGCUUUGAAGCCUGAUGAUUGGGACCGUGUUGUUGCGGUUUUCGUGCUGGGGAAAGAUUGGCAGUUCAAGGACUGGCCUUUCAAGGAUCAUGUUGAGAUAUUCAAUAAGAUUAUUGGGUUCUUCUUGCGGUUUGAGGAUGAUAGUAUUGAAUCAGCCAAGACGGUGAAGCAGUGGAAUGUGAAGAUCAUCUCGAUUAGCAAGAACAAGAGGCAUCAAGAUCGAGCUGCUGCAUUAGAAGUCUGGGAGAAACUCGAGGAGUUUGUACGAUCUCGGUCGCAUUCUUAGUAUCUUAUAGUUGUAGAAAAUCAUUUUAUGUAUCAACAACUUUCCUCUCUUUUUAUAUUUUGUUUUUCCUAAUUGAUGAUAACCUUUAUACUGUCUGUGUAACAUUAGCAAGAUCACAUAGUUGUGCAAUGUUGUUGUAUUAAAAAAAUUGUUCAAUGCUUAGCGAAAGGCAGAGAGAGCUUGCAAUGCACAAAGUUUCCAUAGACUUGAAACUUUCUUGUUAAUAAAUGUGGCAUAAUAUGUGGAGAA